GCAGAUGACGACAGUGACUACGAGUAUGAGCGCGCCAGCUUCAUAUACCGGCCGCUCUCCAGAUUGCCCACGCCACCGCCGACCUUGAACAAGCCGUCAUUCGCAGACCAAUCGCUCGAGGAUGAUGACACGCUGAACCCGCGAUAUCGAGGUCCCGCCAUCCAUCUCGUGAAUCUGAUUCCCGCAUCGGCGUCGCUGGCGAGCGCCUCGGUGCCCUUUGUGCAGGCCAUGCUCUCGCGGGCCGAUCUCUCCAUAGAGGUGCUGGCGCUGGCGGUUUGCAUCCUCGACAGCCUCGACACCAAAUUUGCGCGAACAUGGCGGCUCUCAUGCCCGCUCUCGUGUCCGAUGCGCUCCAACGAUGACGAUCUGGACUCGCUAACCGUGACAUCACCGGCCCUCGUCAAGCGACACUCACUGCCUUUGACACCGCGCGACGCUCCCCGCCAACAGCUUCACAUCGACUCCGUGCGUCCCGAAAUCAUCAUCCUGGCUGCCCUGAUUAUUGCGGCAAAAUUCACGCAGGACUCGCAGCAGCCACCGGACUUUUACCGUCUUGCAUGGGGCCGCGGCCUAUGGUCAAACCAUCAGCUCAACUUGACGGAGCUGCGUAUUCUGGAGAGCCUGGACUACCGCAUCUUGCCGCUGUACGACGAUGACUACCUCACGGACGCCAUGGUGGACAUGCAACUCGCU